CUUACUAUAGAUAAUUUAUAUAUCGAAACGCAAAGUGUUGCGUAGGCAUGCAGAUUUUAAAACAUUUUCCCCCUGAGGUUGUACAUAAAUUGCACACAAAAGAAAUUCCAUAUUGACAAACAAAACAAACACACUAGCAUGUUAAGCAGGUUUCACCAUGGCAACCAUCACCGGCUGCACUCUCCCUCCUCCUCUCCUCUCCCCCCGCCCCCUCUUGCUAAGCUCCAGACAAGCGUAUGGGAACAAGGCGGGGGGGCUGACAGUUCCCGUCCUGCUUUGCGGUCGGAAGCAGGAAGAAGAAGAAUCCAGUGAGAAGCAGACUGAAUGAGGAUAAAAGAUGCUAGCACGGCGGAAGGAGCGAUGGCCUCCAAAUGCCAUCCAAGCUGCACCUGCUCUCAGGCUGCAUCCUCUUCCCAUCUGACACCAUGGAGGAGGUCAUCAAGCUCAAAGAAAGCCUGCCAGCUCAUCCACCAGCUGUGCUGGAGCGGCGGGUCCGCCAUCAACAACCUACAGUUUCAAUACUCAAGUCCAAGCUGAAGCAGGGCGUGAGCUGCUCUGUGCCCAGAGUAAGCUCCACCUUGACCGGCUUCUUCCCUGUGGUGCACUGGCUGCCCAAGUACAAAUUCAAAGAGUACGUUUGGGGCGAUGUCAUGUCCGGUUUGAUUGUGGGUAUCAUCUUGGUUCCGCAAGCCAUCGCCUACUGCCUGCUGGCUGGAGUGGAGCCCAUCUAUGGCUUAUACACUUCUUUUUACGCCAACAUCAUCUACUUCCUGAUGGGAACAUCCAGACAUGUUUCUGUUGGCAUCUUUAGCCUGAUGAGCCUCAUGGUUGGACAGGUGGUUGACAAAGAGGUGUUCCUUGCUGGAUUUGACCUCAAUGAAGAGUCCUCCGGUCCUCAAGUCUUCAAUGGUUCAUUCGGGAUCAACCUCACUAGCAGUCAUGCUCAUAGUGUGGAGAUAAUGGGUGUGCAGUGUGGGAAGGAGUGUUAUGCUAUUAGCAUUGCUGCUGCCCUCACCUUUCUGGCUGGUAUCUACCAGGUCAUGAUGGCCAUCUUUCGGCUGGGCUUCGUCUCUGUCUACCUUUCGGCUCCCAUGCUGGAUGGUUUUGCCACAGGAGCCUCUUUCACCAUCCUGACCGUGCAAGCCAAAUACCUCCUGGGUCUGAAGAUUCCUCGUCAUCAGGGCUACGGGACAGUUCUUGUAACCUGGUUCAACAUCUUCGCCAACAUUCACAAGACCAACCUGUGCGACCUUAUCACCAGUGCCAUCUGUAUCGCCAUAUUAGUGGCAGGGAAAGAGAUCCAGGAGCGCUACAAAGAUCGCCUAAAGAUCCCGCUGCCGACUGAGCUGGUUGUGGUCGCCGGAGCCACGCUGGCCAGUCACUUUGGGAAUCUCAACCAGCAUUAUGGCACCAGUGUUUCGGGACACAUCCCCACUGGUUUCAUCCCUCCUCAGGUGCCCAGCUUUGGUCUGAUGUCAAGGGUGGCCCUGGAUGCCAUUCCUCUAGCUGUCAUCAGCUUUGCCUUCACUGUGUCGCUGUCCGAGAUGUUUGCGAAGAAAAAUGGCUACACAGUUCGUCCCAACCAGGAGAUGCUGGCCAUCGGCUGCUGUAACAUCAUCCCGUCAUUCUUCCAUUGCUUCACCACGAGUGCAGCUUUGGCAAAAACAAUGGUGAAGGACUCAACAGGCUGUCAGACACAGGUCUCCAGUCUGAUCAGCGCCUUGGUUGUUCUGCUGGUCUUGCUGUUCUUCGCGCCUUUCUUCUAUGCUCUCCAGAAGUGCGUCCUCGCCUGUAUCAUCAUUGUCAGCCUUCGCGGCGCACUCAGGAAGUUCAAGGACGUCCCCUCUAAGUGGCGUGCGAGCAAGAACGACGCCGUGGUUUGGUUGGUUACCAUGUCAGCCACGGCUCUGAUCAGCAUUGAGCUUGGCCUCCUGGUCGGAAUCACCUUUUCUAUGAUGUGUAUCAUCUAUAAGACCCAAAGGCCUAAGGUCUCUCUCCUGGGUCGGGCCAGUGAUUCUGAUCUUUAUGAGGAUGUGGAAGAGUACCAAAACCUCGUCCCACCAUCCCACGUGAAGGUCUUCCGCUUCCAGGCUCCCCUCUACUAUGCCAACAAAGAAAGCUUCCUGAAAGCGCUCUAUAAAGCUGUCGGCGUGACGCCCUUCUUGGAGAAAACCAGGAGGAGAAAAGCAGAGAAGAAGGCCAAAAUGAUGUCCAUGACGCAGGCGAACGGGGACACCAACAACGGAGAGGUAGUUGUAGGACUCGUUGAGAGAGAACUUGACUUCCACACCAUCAUUUUGGACUGCUCGGCCAUCCCUUUCAUAGACUCCACCGGCAUGGCCGCCUUUAAAGGACUGCUCAAGGAGUUUGAGGAGAUUGGCGUAAGAGUGGUCCUCGCCAGUUGUAACACCUCCCUCAUCGAUACGCUGAAGAAGGGACAGUUUUUUGGGAAGGAUGGCAAAGACGUGAGCAACAUGCUGUUUCACACCGUCCACCAUGCGGUCCUACAAACAAACAAGCAGCCAACAAACACAAUAUGUGACACAGCAGACAGAAACUCCAACGGAGACAACAAUGUUGUGUAGAAGGAAGACAUCUAAAAGUAUGGUGGCUUGUUCGGGACACAAAUGGCAAAAGGUCCAUUUGACAGCUUUGAUGUAAGUUUUUGUCCUGAAGAGAACAAACCAAAGGCCCAACAAGGUUGGUACUCAGUAGAGCACAGACCUCCUCCAAGGCAAUGGUGCAGCAAUGGUCAAGUAUUUGUGGCAGUAGGACUCCCUAUUGCAUACAUAUUCUAUAACUACUACCUUUUUAGCAAAGAAUUAGCAUCUUUGUUGCAUCAAGUAACUGUCAGUCCAGUCACAUACAGUCGUCCCUCAUUGGGGUUUGAAUUAUGGCUUAUUAUUAGUCAAAAAAUAUUGAAAGACAAAUCAUAUGUAGCUUUCUGUUCUCUCGGCAUCAGUAAUGUUACAUUGAUGAGAUUUAUUUAUAUUACAUGACCUUAACUUGCAGCCUUGGAUUCUUGCAGUCUGAGAUGACACAGUGGAAAAACAAUUCUACUCGCAUUCUGUGUGGAAGUGUUUUUUUUUUUACUUCUUUCUUUGUCCAUAUUCAGUUUAAAACCUAUUCUUAAGUUUAGUUUAGUUGAACUAAAUUGGAGGCUAACUUGUUAGCUCCGUAGUUUAUUGUUGUUAAAGCAGCAGCCGUCUCUUGUGUCACUUCAGAGAUCUCAGUGUUGCGCAAAGGGGUAUAAACAAAGCUAUCAGUAUUGUCGGGAGUGUGCGUCAAUGUAUGGCAAAUUAAUAUUAGACUGGCUGUUAUGUAUAUCAAUCAAGAAUGAGUGAGAGGCUAGCUUUAUUUUAUUUUGAUGCCAUGCAAUGGACCCACAUUACUUUCAAGAUACAAGAAGAAGGCUAAUGACAAUGCUAACUGUGAGUUAAAAUGUCUCCAAGUAUAAGGUGACUAUAGGGGUGUUAUUUAAUGUUGGCAGGGCUCUAGUAAUGUUAAUUAGAAGGUCUUAAACAGUUUUUCUAUGCUCUAGCUACAAAAAUACUACAUGUAUUAAUAUUGAAUCCCACUUUGAGGAAAUAUAUCUGUCAAGGGGCAGGAACCAAUCAAAUUAAAUAAUCGAGGGACGGCUGUACACACAGAAAGUAUCUCUUUGACAAAGCAAACAACUACAAAUUAAUUAUUUCAAUGAUCACAUUGAAUCAGCGAAUGCCAAACAUGGCCUAGUAUUUGAACAAGUUGAGUCGAUGCCAAAGAGGUCAAUUUCGGUCUCAUCUGACCACGCCACAUCCUCCGAAGCCUCGACUGAGUUGUGUCAUUGUCAAACCUCAGACAGUGACGUACAACUGUCUUCCCAAGCAGGGUGAUCUCGACCUGAGUUGUCAUAGUAAUGUUCUUCCUGCUGACUGCGCUCCCAACUCCCUUGACAUCAUUUACCUUAUAAUUCUGGGCUGGUCCCUCACCUUUCUCACAUUGUUCUUUACCACUUGAGAUGAACUUUUGCAUGGUCUUGACCAUAAAAAUGAUUUAAUUUUUGAAACGUCACACAAUCAGCAGGGGAUGAAACACUGUUUGCGGUCCAAUACAUUACAGACAUCAUCAUCUACAAAUAAUGCUUUAUGUUUAUAAGUUCUUUCAUCAUUGGUUGCAUUUUCCACAUUUCUUAAAAUCAUUAGCCGAUGAUGCAGAUGUUUGCUCAGUGUGUCAAUAAUAGCACUAAUCCAGGUGGCCGGAGUUCACACUUUGUUAUUUAACAGACGCCAAUUAUUACCUAGGGCCUAAAAAUCAUUUCUUAAAAUGUUCAACUCAUGAUUGUGUUGCAGGAGAAAACACGCACUGAGAGUUCUGCCUCAAAAUCUCUAUUUUGUGCUAACUAAUGGGACUAAUAUUGCAUGUUUUCUCAUAUAAAUAAUGUUUUCAAAAGUUUUCACUGAGAGCAAGACGGUUUAUUUUGUUAUUUAGUAUUUUUCCUAAUCAAACUGAUGUGUUGGAAUAAUACUCGGUUUGUCCGAUUGUGCAAUCUAGACUGAACAUGAUUAAGGAAUGUAAUUACUUUAAUGAUAUGUUAAUGUAAAUAAUUCACAUUUUAUAUGUUUCUGUAUUUUCCUUAGCAAAUGGUUUUUUAUGCAUUUGUACAAGUUUAAAUGUGUGAUAUC